ACAACAAACAAAACAAAUAAAAUAUACUGAAACGGUGUGGUGCAUCUGCUGUUUUCGUAUAUAUUUGUGUGUAGCCGCGAGGAUAUCGAAAUAGCCUAACUGUGCUGGUAUACGGAAAUAUGAAGAGACGGAAUGCCGAGUGCGGGAAAAUCAGACGACCCGGCAAGCGAGCAAAAAUAACUGAAGGCAUUUACGGCAGCACGUUUGUGUACAUCAAGUUCCUCCUUCUGUGGGCACUGCUGCUGCUGGCCGACUUCAUCCUGGAGCUGCGCUUUGAGUUCCUCUGGCCCUUCUGGCUGCUCCUGCGCAGUGUGUAUGAUUCGUUCAAGUACCAGGGACUGGCCUUCUCGGUGUUCUUUGUGUUCAUCGCCCUCACGUCAGACAUGAUCUGCUUCCUCUUCCUGCCCGUCCACGUCCUUUUCUUUGUGGCCAGCACGUAUGUGUGGGGGCAGUACGUCUGGCACACAGGUAUGGCUGAACGGGGUAUCUGUCUUCCGACCCUGUCGCUGUGGCUGUUUUUCAUGUACAUAGAAGCAACAGUGCGGCUCAAAGACAUAAAAAACACGGCCUUCCACUUAGAUCUGUGCAGGCCAUUUGCAGCACAUUGCAUAGGUUAUCCUAUGGUUACAAUGAGUUUCUGUGUCAAAAGCUACAUUGGCUACAGGAUGCGACUUAGAAAGCAGAAAGAAGUGGCCAAGGAGAACGACUUCUACCUUCAGCUCUUACAGCAGGCGUUGCCUCCAGAACCUCCUAGUAUAACGUCGAGCAGCUCUGACAAAACGCUGUGCAAGCUGGGUGAGGAAAGCCCCCCGGCCAGCAACGGGUUCCUGGGGAGCCGCAAGGCACGGUACGCGGAGGCUGACGUCAAGGGCCACUCAACUGCGCCAACGGACAAGCAUGAGUUUGAGUGCCAGCAGGCGGCCGACGCAGAAGGCAGCACAGCACCGCCGCCACGCCGCACAUCCAGUGUGAACGACUUUGAUGCCAGCACCGACGAAGUGCGUGACAAGACUGCUUUCAAAGUGAACGGCGUUUGCAGCAAUGGUGGCAGCGGCGUGUUGUCUCCCAGCGUCACGGCGCGGUCAUCCAAGUGGAACCAGCAGCAGCAGCAGCAGGCCAACUGCGUGAAGGAGGCGGUGUCGACUGCCUCCAGCGGCAGCACAAGCCGGCGAGCAGCCAAGAACAACUGCACGACAACAAACAACAAUCUGAGCAGUUCGUCGCUCACAGCGACGCCGCUUGCUGUGGCAGGCCACCAUCCUAGGGAUGAGCACUAUCAGAGGCUGGAGGCCGACGUCAAGCGGCUCAAGACAGACCUGCAGGCGAGUCGACAGAUGGAGCAGGAGCUGCGGUCACAGCUGCACAACCUAAGUGCGGGGGAGCGGUCCGUCAAGAACGAGCUGCUCCAGCUACAGCAGGAUAAUGAGAGCCUGCAGAACAAGCUGCACAACCUAGUGACAGCGCGGCAGCAGGACAAGUCCAACGUCAGCCUGCUGGAGAAGCGGCUGCAGGAGGAGAGGAAGCUCCGCAGUGUCUUGGAGACGCAGCUCAGCCAGGAGCGCAAGGCCAAGAAGGCUGAGGAGGCCGCAGCUGCACGGGCAGCAGUCGCCAUGGCCACAGCGAGGAGUGAGUGUACAGAGAGCUGCAAAGCGCGGCGGCGAGACCUCGAGAACGACGUGCGGCAGCUCAGGAGGGACCUCAAGGUCCGAGAGGACCAGAUGCGUGCCAUGGAGCGGGAGGCGCAAUCUCUGCGGCAGUACAAAGACUCUAUUGGGGACACGGAGAUCCUCAUGUCUGCACUGUCAGCCAUGCAAGACAAAAACGCACACCUGGAGAACUCACUCAGCGCAGAGACGAGGUUAAAGAUGGAUCUCUUCUCGGCACUUGGCGAGGCAAAGCGGCAGCAAGAGAUUUGCCAAGCAAUGCUGACGCACAAGGAGAAGGAGGUCGAGGACCUGAAGACCAAGAUAGCUGAGGUGAUGGCGGUGAUGCCUGCCACCAGCACCUACCCGGUGUCACCCGCAUCCGUGCCGCUAGACUCAGAGCUGGUGUCGUCCCUCCUGUACAGCCCCAAGUUCAUCACGGCACCUUGCCCCGCCACCGAGGAGAAGAAAAUCCCAAAGUCCAACCUGGACCCAAACGCCUCCGUCUACACGCCCAAGAUGGUUCCUUCCGACCACUGAGCACUUUUCGCCUCACUCAACCAACACACACACACACACACUCCGACAUGCCACCGCUUUCUCUUCUCCCCACCUUGAAUGGUUUGUUGUACUUUCCCCCCUAAGGUGGCUGGAAAUCGUUAAAAAAAAACAUUUGUUGACAUACACGAAUGCAACAUUUAUCAUUAUUAAUGGCCCGAAAGCGAAGAGCAUAUGAUGAGGCACUACCAUCUGGCACUAUCACUGCUGAUGGCCGCCGAGGCAUCGCAGUAUAAAAAGAGAGAUAUAUAUAUACAUAUAAAAAAAUACAAGUAAAGAACAACUGCUGGUGCCUGCCCUCUUCUGUCUCGGGUGGUUAAUAAUUAUAACUGUGUCGUCUUCGUAGCUGUGGCCUCCUAUAGUUGUGGGAGCCAAGGUGAGCAAACACACGUGCCGUUUUAUUUGUUUUAUUUUUUUGCGCAUGGAGACGGAGGAUGUUUGUCACGGACUAUCGCUGCAUCCAUUUCACUGUGCAUCCCCCUUCCCCUUUCCUUCUCACCUUUUUUCUGCCCACCUUUUUCACGCCUGUGUUGUGUGCAAGUGUGUACAUCUCGAGAGCCUACACGGCGAGUGUGAAUUCCGUGCCCCUCCACCUGUGCUUUGUGGGUUUCGAUAAGAUUGGCCAUCAUUAUCAUAGUUAUUGCAUUUGCUUCUGGGGCUAAUUUCUCAAUUAUCACCAACCCCUGGCCAGCCACUCGCACAUUCAGAUUGUUCAGAUUCUCUCGUCCCUGCCUUCUCUGUUCUUUUGUCUGCUGCUUCGGAAGUGAAUGUCAUUAUGCUUGUCAUUCAUGCCCUUUCUUUGCUACGGGGAAGCGCAUGCUUAUUUCGAUCUACUGCAAAAAGCUGCACAAUGCUUUCUGGCGUCUUUAUAACACAUCGGUGUGAAAGCCUCUCCUGUGUGCCCCCUCUCCCCAGCUUUGCAAGCACUGCUGCUAUGUGUGGCUCAUGUAAUGUCCAUGUCUUUUUUGGAAUGGACGCUUUGCCUGUUCCUUCUUCUUUUUCUUUGCAUCCUCAUUAUCUCCUUUUCCCGUCUCCCCUGGGCUCUAAAGAGAAAAUGCAGUCUUCUUUUUUCUUGUUCCUUUGUUCUUUUUGUACGCACAUUUUAGCUUGUUCACACAUCUGCCUGAUGGUUGUACAAAAGGGGUAACUUAUUUUUUUGUGUUCUCAUCAUACAUGAGUGCCAUUGAGAAAAAAGAGCACUUGACAAGGACGGCCAGCCAUCUGAUAAGAUGUCGCUGAUAGGACAGGAAGCGUGCACUGGGGCAAGAACCUAGAGUUCCUUCGCACACAGUGAGGAAAAAAAAGAAACUACUUGUGCCAAGACAAAGCCUGUCGCACACUUGCAGUUUGCAUUUAUUUUCUAUUCUUGCCCUAAUUUAUUUUUUAUGCUGUACUGUUGUGGCUUGAAUAUUGAGCCCAUCUUUUUUUUUUCCCCCUUUUCUUUUUCAGUACUACUGCUUGUUAUUGGACACAACACUGAAGAAAGAAAGGGUCCCAGUGACAUUACUUUUUAUUAUUUCAAGCUUGUCUUUUGGCAGUUUGCUCUUCUUUCACAUUCAUUGCUAUUUUAAGUUUAUGAUCAGGUCAUGAUCUCAUUGUCAUCUCACAUGCAUACCAUCACAUUCAUGUACAAUAUGCGCCUGUUUCAAAUGCACCUUUUCCCUGCCCUUUGGCUCCCUGCCCAAGUCCCCUUCCCCGCCCUUGCCAUCCACAAAUACCCCCUCAUGCCCCCCUUUUUGUCUAGUCUUGCCCUCCACCAUUUCGAGAGGUCACAUUUUCUUUUGUUCUUCAAGAAGAAAUGAAGAACUCAAUUUGGGCAGCUCAGCCUCAAUGGGCUAUCAGGCCAGCGUGUGAAGAAAACCAAGAAUCUGGUGGUAUGCUAGAACGUCAGGCAUUUUUAUUUAAUGCAUUGGAGAAAUGCUUUCAUCAAAUCAGUGGGUUCUGCAAGUUUUUUUGGCUGUACAUAUAUAUACUUUUUUCCCCUUUUUUCUAUAGAUACUGUGUACUGCUGUAUGGGACAGGGACAUAAAAGGUUCUCUGAACAUUCCAGCAUACAGCUUGCUGAAUACAGGGUUUAUGAAGUACUGCCAGGUGUUAGAACUCCUUCCAAAGAAAUGUGGCAUGUAUAAAUAAAGAACGCGGUCACGAUAGCUUGGUCCAUCUUAAUAUAAAGGCUAUAGCAGUGGUCUCGUUUCAAGGAACUACCUUGUAAAGCUCCAGGAAGUAAAAUGUCCAUUGAGUGCUGAGCUUUAUUGUUUUUUGUUUUGUUUUGUUUUUUUCUUUGCACGGGUUGCAGUGUGCACUGCAGCUGGCGUUGUCAACACUGUGUUUCGAACUUCACCCCCCCCCCCCACCCAACCCCUUCCUGCCCAUGUCCCUUGCAUCUACUUACGGAGAGCAAGCAGUGGGUUUCCAGUCAACGAUGACAUCUGUCUGUGGUUUAUGUGAUGCGCCCUAGAGUAAAUGAAAGAGAAAAAACUUUCAAGGAGGAAUAAAAUGUGGCUUCCUCGGC